GACCAGUGUGUUUGGAAGAAAAAUGGAGACAAAAAGAGCUAGGAAAGACAUAGUGAUGGCCCAAAUUAGUGUCAGUGGAUUUGAUCAAAAUGUGACAGCAAAGGAGUUGGUGAAAUAUUUGGAAAAUACAGUUGGCCCUAUCAGGAGGUGUAGAUUGAAAACUUCCUGGACGCCCCCAGAUUCUUAUCCAGAUUUUGAGGUCACGAGGUUUGAUACCAUGCAUUUAGUGAAUGAAUAUAGAAAGGUGGAGCCACAUGCUUUUGUGCACUUUGCUUUGCCUGAAGCUGCAACCUCAGCUCAUGAGCUUUCACUGCACAAUGGGCUCUUUUUGAACAAUAAACGGUUGAAAGUCAGCCUGGGACCUGAGAAUCCAUUCCAUGCAAAUCAGAGGAGGACUACCACUCCUUUUAAGUUGCCUGAAGUGUGCCUAGAGAUAGGAAACUUGAUUGCACCGAAGGAGUUUCUGGUAGGGUGGAGAGGACCCUCAUCUGGGGUUGAUUUUUUUGUUGAUCCUUUUGAUAGUAAGUGCAGGUUCUGCUUCACCAGGAAAACAGCGCUUUCUUUCAAGGACCUGUCCUUCUAUGCUGUGAUAAAUUGUGAAUUUAAGAUGGAGUUCUUGGUGAGCGAUAUCAUUGAGAUCAGUCAGUACAGAGAGAUGUCGUCUAUUGUUAUAUUCUUGCAGCUGGGUUCAGCUCCUCGUGUGUAUUAUAGAACUGCUGAUGAUGACAUGGAAAUACCAGUUUCACUUGACCUGUUGGAUGAUCAAGAUCCUUGGAUUCGAACUACAGAUUUCACAGUUAGUGGGGCUAUCGGUCGGUGUAAUACCUACAGAGUGUCAGUUCCGCCACACCAUGGACUGAAGUUGAAGAAGGCCAUGGAUUACCUUAGGGGACAAAGGGUGCAGGAAUGCUCCCCUAGACGGUUCCUGAAGAUCCAGGAUGAGCCUAAUUUUGGGAGGCCUAUGUUUGAUGCCUUCUUCUCUAUUCAUCAGGAGGGGAUACCUUUCGAUGUCAUGUUCCUGUUGAAUGCUGUCAUCCACAAGAACGUGUUCAACCAACACCAGCUAUCAGAGAGUUUCUAUGGACUACUGAAAAGUCAACCAAAGGAGGUGAACAUUGCAGCACUAAAGCACAUUUGCUCUUUCAAACGCCCAGUCUUGGAUGCAGACAAGAGGCUGAAACUUGUUCAAGAAUGGCUGCUGAAGAAUCCCAUACUUGUUAAAAACCAGAAAGAGUUGAACGACAUUGUUGAAAUAAGGAGGCUCAUUGUAACUCCAACCAAAGCACAUUGUCUUCCACCUGAAGUGGAGCUAUCCAACAGGGUGCUCCGGCACUAUAAGGAUGUUGCUGACAGGUUCUUGAGGGUGACCUUUAUGGACGAAGGCCUGGAGAUGAUCAAUGCUAAUGUCCUCAAAUAUUAUGUUGCACCCAUCUUAAAGGAUAUCAAGUCGGUCUCCUUUUCCCAGAAGACCACAAUUUUUAAAAGGGUGAGGACGAUAGUGAUGGAUGGGUUUUCUCUUUGUGGCCGGAGAUACUCGUUUCUGGCUUUCUCACCAAACCAACUUAGGGACCAGUCCGCUUGGUUUUUUGCUGAGGACGAAGACAUUGAUGUGAAAAAGAUCUGGGCGUGGAUGGGAAAGUUCAAUAACAGGAACGUUGCAAAAUAUACUGCUCGGAUGGGACAGUGCUUCUCAUCCACAUAUGCGACUGUGGAAGUUCCGCGAAAGGAAGUACAUCAUGAUCUUCCAGAUAUUGAGAGGAAUGGCUAUUGUUUCUCUGAUGGAAUUGGCAUGAUAACACCUGAUCUUGCCAGGGAAGUAGCAGAGAAGCUGAAACUGGAACUCAACACACCUGCUGCAUAUCAGAUUCGUUAUGCCGGUUACAAGGGCGUAGUAGCCUGCUGGCCAAGGAAAGGUGAUGAUGGUAUUCGACUGUCUUUGAGCCGUAGUAUGAACAAAUUCCGGUCGAACCACACCACCCUGGAAAUAUGUUCCUGGACCACAUUUCAGCCUGGCUUUCUGAAUAGGCAGAUUGUGACAUUGCUUUCAGCAUUGAAGGUGCCAGAUGAGGUAUUCUGGGACAUGCAGGAAAAAAUGGUUUUCAAAAUAAACCAGAUGCUUGUGGAUUCAGAUGUGGCAUUUGAUGUCCUUACAUCUUCCUGUGCCCAGCAGGGAAACACUGCGGCAAUAAUGUUGAGUGCUGGUUUUAGGCCCCAGUCAGAACCUCAUUUGAAAGGGAUGCUCAUCUGCAUACAAGCAGCACAACUGUGGGCCCUCAAGGAAAAGGCUAGAAUAUUUGUUCCCUCUGGGAGGUGGUUGAUGGGCUGUUUGGAUGAGCUAGGAGUUCUUGAACAAGGUCAGUGCUUUAUUCAAGUGUCUAGUCCAGCCUUGGAGAACUGCUUCAUAAAACACGGCUCCAGAUUUUCUGAGACUAAAAAGAACCGACAAGUGAUCAAUGGGUGCAUUGUAGUAGCCAAAAAUCCAUGUCUACACCCUGGCGAUAUAAGGAUUCUGGAAGCAGUCGAUGCUCCAGAGCUACACCAUCUGUAUGAUUGUCUUGUUUUUCCUCAAAAUGGGGAGAGGCUUCACACAAAUGAAGCUUCAGGGAGUGACCUUGAUGGGGACCUCUACUUUGUCACGUGGGAAGAAAAUCUCAUUCCACCUAGUAAGAAGAGCUGGACUCCCAUGCAGUAUGAUUCUGGAGAAGAGAAAAAGCUGCCCCAUGAUGUUACCCAGAAGGACAUCAAAGACUUCUUUGUUAAGCAUGUUCUGAAUGAGAACCUGGGGACAAUCUGCAGUGCGCACAUGGUUCAUGCUGACCGUAGCGAACAUGGGGCUCUGGAUGAGAACUGCAUUCUAUUGGCCGAGUUGGCUGCCACUGCUGCUAAUUUUCCAAAGACUGGAAAGCUUGUCACUAUGCCUCGACAUCUGAAACCAAAACAGUUCCCAGACUUUAUUGGGACAGAGGAAUUCCAAACCUACAAAUCAACUAAAAUCUUGGGCAGACUCUACCGCCAGAUUAAAGAUGCUUUUGAUGAAGAUUUGAAUUCCUCUGAACCAAAUUGCAUCCCUAAGGAUAUUCCCUAUGAUAAAAGUAUUGAGGUCCCGGGUGCUCCGAAUUUCAUUUAUGAAGCAUGGGACCAUAAGUGCUCCUAUGAUGGGCAGCUGAGCGGGCUCCUGGGCCAGUACAACGUGAACAAUGAAGUAGAGUUAGUGACUGGUCAUGUUUGGUCCAUGCCAAAGUAUGCAAGCCGCAAGCAAAGGGAGCUGAAGGAGAGACUCAAGCACUCUUAUACUGCAUUAAGGAAAGAAUUCCGAGAGAAAUUCGAAAUGUCGGAUUCCUAUUAUGAGUUGUUGAGUGAUGAAGAGAGGAAUUUGCUGUAUGAGCAAAAGGCAUCAGCCUGGUACCAGGUUACCUACCAUCCAAACUGGGUGAAAAAGUCAGUGGACUUGCAUGAGCACGAUGAUGGAGGUACAAGUACCUUGAAGUUAAGCUUUGCUUGGAUUGCUGCUGACUUCCUUGCUCGGAUAAAGAUUCGGAAGCAAUAUGGUAGGAACCUUGACUCAGCCAAGCCCAUCAACUCUCUUUCCAAGUACAUUGCAGACCGUAUCUGAAAGUGGUGAUUAGCUGUAAGAUCCAUGGUAAGGUGUUGGUCAAGAAUUUUGUGGUUACAAGGCCACUCUGCCAAUUGUAGUGGGUAUCCAUUUCAUAUUUCAAGUUGUUUGUUUUGUGAAUUUAUCGAUUGCAAGGAUUUGUGGAAAUUAAGGACAUUGGAACGAGCCUUU